CAACCAGUCAAUCAAAAUCUCACGGUUUGAUGGAGCAUGGGAAGUGCUGCUGCUUCAGCGAAGCGGCUGGCAGGAAGCACAAGUGUGAGGGGCAGCAGGCUGGCAGAUGACCUUGAACUUCAGGAGCUACUCAAAGGGUGGGAACGGCUGGGCGUCAGCUUCUCGGGUGCCAUACUGCAAGCAGAGCACAAAGAGACCGUCAAGGAGUAUGAUAUGAAGAGCGAUUCCUGGACGGCCACAGACACGAUCAUGGGUGAAAACCAGCUGGUCAUCAAGACCACAGGCGAUGGCUUGCUCACGUUGCGGCUGUCAGAAGCUGGAGGGUUCAAGUGGGAGCAUAUUGGCAGUUACAGGCUGGGUGGAAAGGGCAAGGAUGGGCAAAGCAUGCUGAAAGUUGUUGAUUCAAGCACGCAGGGCUUCUCCGUUGAAGAUCUCCGCCAGUCCCUGGAAGAGCUUAGAUAUACCAAGUGCGGGAAAUCCUCAGGUUGCAUUCCAUUCCAAGAAUUUGCCCUCCGACUCUUCGAGAGACUGGCAGGCCGGCCAUGCGAGGGCCAGAGAGACUUGGACCCAUUGAAGGGAGUUGAACAUGGUGCCACCAAGCCAGCUCCUGCGAACAACGCGAGCUGGAACUGGCAAGCAGGUUCCUAGACAUUGGUUACCUGCUACAAACCCUCCCAAAUAAGAAGUAAAACACUGAAGAAAA